GAUUCCAAGUAUAUAAAGACUAUUUAUUUUUCCUGUGUCUAUAUUUUCUCUUUUUGUGGAGGAGAGGAAAUUCUAAAAAUAUUUGAUAGAUGUUUUGCCAUUAACACCAGAAGAGUGUGUGGGGGAAAAGAAAGGAGGGAGAGGAGGGUCAAUUUUGUUUCAUUAGUAGAAAAAGCAACAUAAAUCAAAGCAGUCUAUUGAUGCCAGUCUUUAAUUUAUAGUGUUCUCAGACUAUAAUGAAUUUAUUUACGGCCUAAGUGAUUUGAUAUUUUCGAUCUGACUUUUAACCUUUUAUUGGGAGAGGGUUGACUUUUUAAAGCCUGGGUAGUUUAAAAUUUGGCUAAGUACCUUUAGGUUGUUUUUUUUUUUUUUUUUUUUUUUUUUUUACUGUGGAAGCAAAUAUUAUCAUUUUAAUAUUAAGCAACUUGCAAGUAUUAAAUAGUUCAUUUGUGAUUUACUUUUUCUUUCUAGAUUUUUUCCUCCUUCAGAUCUAACGGUUACAUUAAGGCUCCUGCUUCUUUUUGGAAAGAAAUUAUUAUAAAUCAGAAAACGUCAGGGGUUCAAAGGUUGACAUUUCUGAGCGCUGAUACUUUGUCUUUUCAUGCCAUGCAAAAAGAUCUAACAUUUAGAAAUUCUUAAACGAGGGAAUUGUGGAAAUUCCCAGAUUUUUUUUUUUCCAGUGGGAGGAAGCCAAGUUUUUUAAGUAUGGAGUUUAGAGUAAUCAAAUGAGGGAGAAAGAAAGGAGCUUGUAAGAAGGGGUGACUCCCACCCAAACUAAGCAGCUAAUGUGAACUGCUGGCUGACUAUCUGCACUUAAGGAGGGGGAGAGGGAGCCGAGCCCGGCGAGGGAGAGGGCGCUGUUUCACCCACCGUCGGUAAAAUCUGGAGCAUCCGCCAGGAAGCCAGGCUUGACAAAGGUCCCGCGAGCGAGAGGGGACGAUGCUGCGGAGGCUGGUGCAGCAGUGGGGCGUCGCGGUGUUCCUGCUGAGCUACUCGGUGCCCUCCUGCGGGCGCUCGGUGGAGGAGCUCGGCCGCCGGCUCAAAAGAGCUGUGUCUGAACAUCAGCUCCUUCAUGACAAGGGGAAAUCUAUCCAAGACUUACGGCGACGAUUCUUCCUUCACCACCUGAUUGCAGAAAUCCACACAGCAGAAAUCAGAGCUACCUCGGAGGUUUCCCCCAACUCCAAGCCUGCUCCCAACACAAAGAACCACCCCGUCCGAUUUGGGUCUGAUGAUGAGGGCAGAUACCUAACUCAGGAAACCAACAAGGUGGAGACAUACAAGGAGCAGCCACUGAAGACACCUGGCAAGAAAAAGAAAGGCAAACCCGGAAAACGCAAGGAGCAGGAAAAAAAGAAACGUCGAACUCGGUCUGCCUGGCUAAGCUCUGGCGUGGCUGGAAGUGGGCUAGAAGGCGACCACCCAUAUGACAUCUCAGCGACAUCGCUGGAGCUCAAUUUACGGAGGCAUUGAAAUUUUUAGCAAAGACCUUCAAAGGACGUAUUACAGGAUUCUGUAAUAGUGAACAUAUGGAAAGUAUUAGAAAUAUUUAUUGUCUGUAAAUACUGUAAAUGCAUUGGAAUAAAACUGUCUUCCCCAUUGCUCUAUGAAACUGCACAUUGGUCAUUGUGAAUAUUUUUUUUUUGCCAAGGCUAAUCCAAUUAUUAUUAUCACAUUUACCAUAAUUUAUUUUGUCAACUGAUGUAUUUAUUUUGUAAAUGUAUCUUGGUGCUGCUGAAUUUCUCUAUUUUUUGUAACAUAAUGCACUUUAGGUAUACAUAUCAAGUAUGUUGAUAAAUGACACAAUAAAGUGUCUUUAUUUUGUGGUUGAUUUUAAUAAUGCCUAAAUAUAAUUAUCCAAACUGAUUUUCCUCUGUGCAUGUAAAAAUAGCAGUAUUUUAAAUUUGUAAAGAAUGUCUAAUAAAAUAUAA